GAAGAAACAGAAAACAGGGAGUGAGACAAGAGAAGGAAAGAUAGGGAAACAGAGCGACUGCAGGGUGAAAGAAGGAUUCUUUGUGGCAGUCGGAUGAGGGUCUCCAAGCUCAGAUGAAUUCUGUGAUCGGCGCUCUCCAGGAGCUCAAACUCUUGCAGGUCCAGACUGCACUGGAGGAGCUGGAGUUCUCCAGUAAAACGAGCCAGGCCUCUUCAUACACUCGCACAAUGCUCGAUCAGAUAAACUACAGUUCAAGAAUAACCCACCGGAACCGAACACAGAAUCCAGAAGAAAUUCUUUCACAAGAAUGUUUCCAGACUGAGCUUACCAUGGAACCGCCUUUGUUCCUCACUAGUUCUCCAGCAGAGAACCGCCGUAUUCCCAGGGUACACGAACCCAGGAGGGUUUACGGAGGAAGUCUAAGCACUUCUUCCUCUUUUUCCUCUCAGGAAGACACAACCGACAACAAUUUCUCCUCAUACGAUAUUGAUGACUCCACUGAUUGGACAGCCUCAUUGAUGAACCAUAGUAGAAACAGACAGCCAUUGGUAUUGGGCGACAAUGUUUUUGCUGAUUUGGUCGGAAACUGGCUGGACCUGCCUGAUGUUGGAGGCCAGACAGCAGGUGAGGAGCAGGUGAAAGAGUCAUCAUCUAGCAGUCACUCUCAAGAUCUCUCCAGGAAACUCUCACUAACAGCUAGCAUCUUCAAACGGGUCCUACGCCGCGUUUGGCCACGGCACCACCAAGAAAGCGAAGGAAUGGAUGUCUGUAAACAACCAAAGAUCACAUGCAGAAAGCCAAAAUCAGAUGUCAGCAAGCCAUUCUGGGUGAGAACAAGAGGAAUGAAGAAGAAAACCACACCCAGCCAACAAGAGGGCGUGGCUUAUCAGGGCUCAGAGGGUUUGAUAGGAUGGGUGGAGAUCGUAGAGAAACGUCCAUCUGUGUUUGAUUACAGCUCAGCUGUGUGGGUCUGAUAUAGUUCUACAUAGAAGACACUGUUACACAUAUUGUUAGACAUAAUUAGUGGACUUUAUGAUCAAAAUUGUUGUAACAUGAUGCUACCCUUAAGUGCACCUGGUCGGCCAUUCGUUAUUGCAACAUCUCAUAUUCAAGUCAAAAACAUACAGUAAUAUGGAAGUAGUCU